CACCCGCCCCGGAGCCGCCGGCGGUGCCCGCCUUCGCCGCCCUCCCCCCGCCGUGAGCGCCGCCGCUCCACCCCGUCCGGUAUAAAAAGUUGUAUUGCUGUUUUAAGUUAUCCGAGGCUCACUUCAAAGAUGAGUACUGCUAAUCGGUACCAACCCAUCAAGUCAACCAAGCCUGUCAUAGGCAAAGCAAGAAAGUUGAAGGAUCUUAUGCUAAAAAGCGACAAUCGAGUAUGUGCGGAUUGUAGUGCACCUGAUCCCAAAUGGGCGUCUUCUAAUAUUGGAGUAUUUCUUUGCUUAAAAUGCGGAGAUGUCCACAGGGCCCUUGGACCAGACAUUUCAAAUAUUUUGUCUGUGACUUUGGAUGAUUGGUCUGAUAGUGAUAUUGACUCCAUGGUUGAGGUUGGUGGAAACUCGUAUGCCAAUUCAAUUUAUGAGGCUUUUCUUCCAAAAGACUACCCUAAACCUAAACAAGACUCACCAAUGGAAUAUCGUACCCAAUUUAUAAGAGCCAAAUACGAAACACAAGAUUUUCUGAAGCCAAGUUUGCGCAUUACGUCAAAGGCAGGUUUCGAAUCUACCAAUUCUGUGAAGAGUGUAGAUAGCAGUUUCUCUAGCGCUUCAAGGAAUCGUGUCCCGGAAGAUACAAGAGAUUUUGUUGGGCAACUCAACAUUACAGUGGUAAAAGGUAGUCAGUUGGCUGUCAGAGAUAUGCUAACAAGUGAUCCUUAUGUUGUUUUAACUCUCGGAGAGCAGAAGGCUCAGACAACAGUUAAAGCGAGUGACCUCAACCCUAUAUGGAAUGAAGUCCUUGAACUAAAAGUUCCUCGAAAUUUUGGACCUUUAAAACUUGAAGUGUAUGACCAUGAUACUUUCUCUGCUGACGAUAUCAUGGGGGAAGCAGAGAUAGAUCUCCAACCAAUGAUCACAGCUGCGAUGGCCUUUGGAGACCCUUCGCGUCAUGCGGACAUGCAGAUUGGAAGGUGGUUCAUGACCAAAGACAAUUGCCUGUUGAACGACAGCAUUGUCAAUAUUUCUUCCGGAAGGGUAAUACAGGAAGUGUUCCUAAAGCUGCAGAACGUAGAAUCAGGUGAGAUGGAGUUAGAACUGGAAUGGGCUCGUCUAGAUUAAUACAUCUCAUUGUAUCCCUGCCAAAGUCUACUCCAAAAGCAUCAAAUUUUUGCAAUUCAUGCUGGACAGCUUCAAGACCCCAUCUAGUGACUGAAGCUUAGCUUUUCCUCAUGGCCGAAAUUUGUAAAAAUGAAGAUUGUACAAUGUGUUGUUGUAGUUUGUCGGAUAUACUCGCGACAUAUUUGAUACUAGUUUUAUACUGAGUUUGCUUAAACCA